UAUGAGUAUGGCUGUUUGCACUGUCUUCGGGUUUCUAGAACCCUGACAGCAGUGCUAGGUUGAACUUGUACAGCGGACCAUACUAGAUUCAUAGACCCGACUACACAGUAGGUGAUGUUAUAUGUCGCAGGAAAAAUGUCUGCCAGACCGUGGAGACUCUCUGUAGUAUUACUUUGUCAACCAUAUUUCCCUCUAGUGUUCACAGUGGCGCACGUCAGAGCCGACUAGCCAGAGCACAUCCGGUGGAGUAGUACUGCUAGUACGGCGGCAUCGUGCGGCCUGAAAGGAACCAACAUGGCUAAAAGUUUAAGAAGUAAAUGGAAGAGAAAGAUGCGGGCUGAAAAGAGGAAGAAAAAUGCCCCAAAGGAACUCGCCCGCUUAAAAAAUGUCUUGGCAAAAGCAGAUACAGAUGUGCUGAUGAAUGAGGUGAAAGAUAUUGCAACUGUUGUUACUGCAGAGAAAAUAAAGGAGAAAAAGGAAAUGGAAGUGGAAACAAAAGAAGGUGAUACCAUGAAGAUGGAUAUGGACGUAAAAAGGAACAAGAAGAGCUUAUUAAACCAACAUGGCCAGUACCCUGUAUGGAUGAAUCAAAGACAGAGAAAAAAGCUCAAAGCCCAGCGUGGAAAAAAAGGAAAAUCCAAACCCCCAAAAGGACUGGCAUGGUAGAAUAUGUGUGUACUAAGUACACCGAUCCGUGGUGAGGCAUUUUACACAGAGGAGCUGGCUAAUAUUAUACAGCAUGUGGCUGUGGUGGAGACAAAGUGUAAAUUCUUUAAGGACGUUCUUAUUUCUUUCUUUUUAAAGUAAAGGUUCCUUUUCCAUUCA